GUUGUUUAGUGCCACGUUGAUGGAGACCAGUGGGGACGUGGAAAUCUGUCUUGAGUCCGUAGCCGGGACCCGGUAGCCUCCUUCUUGUGUUUUUACAGCCGUUAAUCCCGAAGCAGAAGCGAAAGGAGGAACUCGUUCCGGCGGAGCAGUGUGUUAGUGUGUGUCACCUAUUUUAUGUGUGUGUUCAUGUGAGAAGGAGCAAAGAAAGGGAAGGAUGAAACUCAAAGAGAUCAACCGCACAGCCAUCCAGAGCUGGAGCCCUGCUCAGCACCACCCCAUCUACCUAGCAACAGGAACAUCAGCCCAGCAGCUGGACGCCUCCUUCAGCACCAAUGCCUCCCUGGAGUUUUUUGAGCUGGACUUGACGGAGCCGUCUCUGGACAUGAAGUCAUGCGGCAGCCUCUCCUCCUCUCACAGAUACCACAAACUGGUGUGGGGUCCCUUUGGGAUGGAUUCCCAGGGUCACCCGUCUGGGGUCCUGGUCGCAGGAGGGGAGAACGGCAACGUCAUCCUGUACGACCCUGCAAAGAUCAUGGCGGGAGAGACCAACGUGAUCAUUGCUGAGAGCGACAAACACACGGGGCCUGUGAGAGCGCUCGAUGUCAACCCGUUCCAGACGAACCUGGUUGCAUCAGGUGGGAAUGAGUCUGAAAUCUAUAUCUGGGACAUGAAUAACUUUGGCUCUCCAAUGACACCAGGACCUAAAACUCAGCCUCUGGAGGACAUCAGCUGUGUGUCGUGGAACAGACAGGUCCAACACAUCCUGGCCUCCGCCAGCCCGAGCGGCAGAGCCUCAGUGUGGGACCUCCGCAAGAAUGACCUCAUUAUUAAAGUCAGCGACCACAGCAACAGAAUGCACUGCUCCGGGCUGGCUUGGAACCCAGAGGUGGCCACUCAGCUGGUCAUUUCCUCAGAGGACGACCGGAUGCCAGUCAUCCAGAUGUGGGAUUUACGUUUUGCUACCUCUCCUCUCAAGAUUUUAGAGAACCACACACGGGGUAUCCUGGCCAUCGCCUGGAGCUUGGCUGACCCCGAGCUGCUCCUGAGCUGCGGGAAGGACAACCGGAUCCUGUGCUGGAAUCCAAACACAGCGGAGGUGCUGUACGAGUUGCCCACCAGCAGUCAGUGGUGCUUUGACAUCCAGUGGUGCCCCAGGAACCCUGCGGUGCUGUCGGCCGCCAGCUUUGAUGGACACAUCGACAUCUAUUCCAUCAUGGGAGGAACGAACCAGGCGCAGAGCCAGAGACACGCUGACCAGAUUAGCAACUCGUUUGGGAACAUGGAUCCUUUUGGGACGGGACAAACUUUACCCCCACUGCAGCUGCCGCAGACUCCCGCCCCACCAGCUACAGUCAACCCCCUGAAGAAGCCCCCCAAGUGGAUCCGCAGGCCUGUCGGAGCCUCGUUUGCUUUUGGUGGGAAGCUGUUAUCUUUGGAGAACACAAAGCUGAACCCGCAGCAGCCUCAGCAGCCCACUGCACCCGUUGUACAUAUCAGCCAGGUUGUCACAGAAACGGCCUUUCUGAAGCGCUCCGAUCAGCUGCAGGCCACGCUGAGCGCAGGCAGCUUCGUGGAUUUCUGCCAGGAAAAGAUCGAUGUAGCUGAGAAUGAAUUUGAAAAGACUCUAUGGUCUUUCCUCAAGGCUAAUUUUGAAACUGACAUCCGCAGCAAGUACCUGGAACUGCUGGGGUACAACAAAGAGGAGCUGGCCUUGAAGAUCUCAGCAGCACUAGAGGAGAAGCCUGCUGAACCUCCGCAGGUGGAGGUGCCCGCUCCAGUCACCCUGCAGCCUUUACCAGACCUCAGCUUCUUGCCGCCUGUCGCUGACACUCCAGAAGCAGCAUUCGACAUGAUCGCUGCUGCAGCUGUGCCGCCUGCCGACACUCCCGAGGCAGCAUUCGACAUGAUCGCUGCUGCAGCCAGUGUGCCACCUGCCGACACUCCAGAGGCAGCGUUCGACAUGAUUUCUGCAGCAGCCACCUUACCACCUGUUGACAAUCCCGAGGCAGCCUUCGAUAUGAUUUCUGCAGCAGCCACCUUACCACCUGUUGACAAUCCCGAGGCAGCGUUUGACAUGAUUUCUGCAGCAGCACCCGUGCUACCUGCUGACACUCCCGAGGCUGCGUUCGACAUGAUUGCUUCAGCAAAUCUUCAGCCAGCAGCCACACUUGAACUCGACUCUGCUCCUGACCCUGAGACUGAGGAAGCAGCAGCAGAAGAUCCAGAUGCAGAGGACGCUCCGACCAGCCAACCAGAAGAAAAUGUGGACGAGGUUGUCCCAGAGGAGGAAGCAGAGGAAGAGGAGAUCCCCUUGGAUGAUGAGGAGGAAGCAGAGGAAGAGGAGAUCCCCUUGGAUGAUGAGGAGACAGUGGCUCCAAUGGAGGAGGAGCCCAGUCCUCCUGAGAUCUUGGCUCCAGUCGAGGAACCCAUCGAGGUUCCAGUUCCAGUUCUAGUUGAGGAGCUCAUUGAGGAUCUGGCUCCAGCACCAGCUCCUGCUCCGACACCAGCCAGCGCAGACGGAGUCAACCUCAGCAUCAGUCAAGAUGUGGACGGUCUGAUCACACAGGCCCUGCUGACUGGAGAUUUCGAGGGAGCUGUGGAGCUCUGUCUCCAUGACAACCGGAUGGCAGACAGCAUCAUCCUGGCCAUCGCCGGAGGGCCCGAGCUCUUAGAGAAAACCCAGAAGAAGUAUUUUACGAAAACACACAGCAAGAUAACCAAGCUGAUCAGCGCCGUGGUGAUGAAAGACUGGCACGACAUCCUGAAGACGUGCGACCUGCAGAACUGGAGGGAGGCUCUGGCUGCUGUAGUGACCUACGCUCAGCCCGAGGAGUUCUCCUCCCUCUGUGACCUUCUCGGGGGCAGACUGGAGGCAGCAGAUGAUGCCCAACUGCAAGCCCAGGCCUGUCUGUCUUACAUCUGUGCUGGAAACGUGGAGAAACUUGUGUCGUGCUGGACCAGAGCUCAAGACGGACACUGUCCACUCUCCCUUCAGGACCUGGUGGAGAAGGUGGUGGUGCUGCGGCGUGCAGUGGAGCAGACCCAGCGCUCUGGUCCCGCUGCUAUCGGCGUCCUGCUGGCUGAGAAGAUGAGCCAGUAUGCCAACCUGCUGGCCUCUCAGGGCAGUCUGUCCACCGCCAUCACCUACCUGCCUGACAACACCAACCAGGUUGCCGUACAGCAGCUCCGUGACCGUCUCAGUCGGGCUCUGGGGCAGCAGGCGACCCCAGCUCCUGCAGCUCCGGUUCAAACCCAGAGAGUUCAGCCUGCCCCGACUCCGGCUCAGCCUGCCGCCACUCUGCCCCGGCAUCCGUUCACCCCGAUGCAGCCCGCCAUGGUGCCUCAGCAGCCCACAGCUGCAGCACCUCCUGUACCCAUGCCUACACCUGCUGCCUCCGCCCCAGCACAGCCGCAGUAUUACCAGCCAGUGAGGGCGACCUCCACUGUCACCUCCUGGAGUAACCAAACUCCCACAGCCCUCCCCAAUGUCCCUCCUCCUCCUCUUCAAGUAGGCAACGCCUCAGAGCAGCAGGUGGAGCCUUCAAACCCCAUGUACGGGAUGCCACCACCCUGCUCAGCUGCUCCAGCCUCCUCUGCUCCAUACAUCUCCCAUCAGUACCAGCCCUACCCCCAGGUCAACCAGUACCCACCUAGAGCUGGGGGGGCUCCUCCUAUCUAUCAUCCUCUUCAGUACUCCUCCUCUGCUGCUGCUCCUCCUCCCGCAGAGCCGCCCGGCUUUCUCUCUCAGUACACACAGCCAACAUCUCCGGUCUAUCCCGGACAGCCUCCCAUCAGCCAGUGCCUGUCCUCCUCUCCUCCCUCUCAUCCUCCUUUCUUUCCAAACGCCUCCUCCUCCUAUAACGCUCCUCUGUCCUCCGGAGCGCCUUUCCAGCAUGGCGGUCCAGGAUCUCCUGUGUCGUACAUGCCUCUUCCUCCUCCACCGAGCGGAGUCUCAGGGCCUCAGAACGGCUGGAACGACCCUCCAGCUCUGAACAGAAUGUCAAAGAAGAAGCCGGUUCCAAUGAACUACACCCCUCCUGCCCCCAUCACUGCUCCCAUCAUGGCUCCACUUGGUGGUGACCCUCAGGCCCAGCCGAUGCCUGCUGGGGCCCCUCAAGCCAUGGUCCAGGGUCCACAUGGUGCCCAGGUCCCCUACUCAGGCAUGCACCAGCACCAGCAGCAGCAGCUCUCCUCUCCACCUCCACCCAUGAACCCUGCAAUGCCCAAGACCAGCAUGGAGGGCGCACCAGGAGCACCUACGGGAGAUGUUAUACAGCCUCUGCAGUCCAUCCCUGCUGAGAAGAUCAUGAAGAAGCCCAUCCCUGAUGAGCACCUGGUCUUGAAGACCACAUUCGAGGGGCUCAUCCAGAAGUGUCUGGCUGUAGCUACCGAUCCUCAAACUAAGAGGAAGCUUGAUGACGCCAACAAACGUCUGGAAGCGCUUUAUGAUAAACUCAGAGAGCAGACACUCUCUCCCGCCAUCGUUGGAGGACUUCACAACAUAGCCAGGAGUAUAGAGUCCCGCUCCUACACGGAGGGCCUCAACAUCCACACACACAUAGUCAGCAACAGCAACUUCAGCGAGACGUCAGCGUUCAUGCCCGUGCUCAAGGUGGUGCUGACACAAGCCAACAAACUCGGCGUCUGAAACUCCUCCCAGAGUUUGUGACCGGCGGACGGCGGAGAGCGAGCGCUCAGCGGUUGAGAUCUUUUCACAGGGAGCUCCAUUUUAGACUCGCAGUGCGGACGAGGAAGAAUUCUGAAAUGUACGAAAAAUCCUGCUGAAUUCUUCUUUGUGCCAUUCUCGUUUUCUGACACGACUCAUACACAAGCCAUGCUAUCAGUCGCACUCAGUGGUGAAAGUAAAAUCUGGGCCCUGUGCAAACAAAGGGCUGAGACGAGUUAAAUUCAACUGCAAUCUUUAAUCUAAGAACACGCAACACCAAACGUUUGUUUUUCAUCCAAACUUCUAGUCGAAUGAAUCAACAUAGGAAAAUUAAAUGAAUAUGCAAUAAUUGUAUUGAAGCAUAAUAAAAGUAAAAUCUCAGAAUUAGCUAAACAUAAGGAAGGCACAGUUUCAGCAUGUUGAAUAUGGAAUUAAACCUAAAUUACUAUGGCAUUUAUAGACCAACAGAAGUAGGAAAAGCAACAGGAACUUCAGGAAUCUUAAGGGCAUUUCUGUCAACGUGUGUUGAGAUGAUCAUAACUAAAUUUUGUAUAUUUAAAUCUCGUCGAAUUCGGCAUUAAUAUCAGACUGCUGACACAGCAGAGCAGCAUGCUUUCAGCUCACAAUCAUUAGCUUGUUCAUCUUUAUAGUCUUUCGAUAUUUGUGCACUACAAUAAUGCUCAGAUACCUUUUUAUAAUCCAUAAACACAUAGGAUUCUCUCUCCAAGGUUCAUCAUGCGUUAUGGUUUACACAUAAUGCAUCAUUACCUGCAUGCGUUUUGCUUCAGACCUGCAGGUGACGCAGGUUAGAGAAGACAGACAAGUUAAACAACAGGGCAUUAGACUGACUUAAACCAGUAAUCACUCACAAAGCAUUUCAAGCAAAACUGAUGCUAUUUUAAAAUUAAGCUAAUAUGACUUUUGUUCGUAUUUGAAGGUCCAGUGUGUCGGAUUUAGGGGGAUAUAUUGGCAGCAAUGGAAUAUAAUAUAAUAAGUAUGUUUUCCUUGGUGUGUAAUCACCUCGAAAUAAGAGUUGUCGUGUUUUUGUUACCUUAGAAUGAGACGUUCAUAUGUACAUAGCUAGCAGGUCCUUGUCUACGGAGAUCGCCAUGUUUUUACAGUGUCCCAGGACGGACAAAGCAAACUCUGGCUCUAGAUAGGGACGUUUGGGUUUUUGCAUCGGCCACUGUAGUUAGCAGCCCCUUAGCGAUGAGAGCGUCAGAAAAAACAUUGAUUUUUCAACAUGAAACGUCUUUAUUCAGCUUUAAAUCACAGGGUCCGUUUGUUUCAGAGAGGAAGAGACCUCUGUGGAUGAUUCGGUUCCUGGUUAAAACCUCCAGAAUGUCUGGAUCUUUAGUGGUCAGAGAAAAAAAGUGAGCACUCAUUAGCACAUGCUAGGCUAGCAGCGUGUCUCUGACAAGCUAAAUGUUGGAGUAGACCAGUUAAGUCAGUUUGUUUCAGAGAGGAAGAGACCUCUGCAGAUAAUUCAGCUCCCAGUAAAAAACUCUUGAACGUCAGGAUCUUAAGUUAUCGGUGACAAAAGUGAGCACUCCUUAGCAGGUGCUAGGCUAGCAGUGAGUCUCUGACAAGCUAAAUGUUGGAGUAGAAACACUGAUUUGUAACGUUUAACUGCUUUAUUCAGUUUUUUGACUAGUUAGAAUGACUUCAUCAGUUUGUUUUGGAGAGGAAGAGACCUCUGUAGAUGAUUCGGCUCCUGGUAAAAACCUCCUGAACAAAGAGUGCUGCAGGAAGGAACUCAAACUAGAAGAAAUUUCAUCUGGUUGCUAUCUACAAUCCUCACCACUAGAUGUCACUAAAUCCCCCUAAAUCAUCCACAUUGCUCCUUUACAGCAACAUUAAACCUUUUUAAAAACGUACCUAAUAAGACUUUUGUUCGUACCCUUAUCCCCUCUUUGUGCUUUCACUGGCUUACUUUCACCACUGGUGUCACUACAUACAAACACAUUGGACCAAGAUAUUGUCAGUGUGUGGGAUACGUCAAUGCAAAGCAAUGCAAUCCCAUUUUGUUGAGGACAUUUUAAUGUUUUAUUUCAGUUUUUUAUUCUUUUUGUGUCAGUGUAAUCAUGAGGCUCAGCAGAGUGCAAUGGACUUUUUUUUUUUUAAAAAGCAACUGCUUUUAAUGGAAUUUUAAAGUAUGCAUGCUUCAACGCUAAGUCGUCUUUAAUGGCAUCGGAGGUAAUUAUCGGCUGAUUAAUCAGACCUCAGAAGGAAACUGGAAGAAGACUUGUACUUGAUUUUCAUUCCAACUACGAUGAGGGCUGUAGUCUGAGCGGUCAACCUCAGUUUAUGUUGUUAAUAAAGGAAAACAAGUCUUUGUUUAAGAUUGACUACAUGCAAUAUUUUCAAUAAAUAGUAUUUAUUUACAA